CUCGAAGACCUUUAUACACACGCGGAUGUCUUACGCAACAAGGGAGGAGCCUCAGCUUCCCCCCACUUUGCACAGUACAAAUAUGUUUGCUUUCAUUUUUCAGUCGAGACCCAACCGCAUAUAAUGGAGGAAAGCUUUCCUUUUAAGUUUGCUCUGACAGACAUUGGGUUCUCCGUGGUGUCUCUGGUGCUUUUCGUUGUGGAUAUAGUGCUGGAUCUAUGGGCUGUAGUGUCUCUCUAUGAAGAACAGAAAUACCUCAGCAUGGGACUGUUGAUCUUUCUGCUGCUCAGUUCCUCGGUGCUCCAGCAGAUCUUCAGCUGGCUCUGGUAUUGCGAUACCUCCAAAGAACUAGUGAGUAAAGUAGAGAAAUUUAUCGACAGGCACAGAUUAAUGGCACUGGUGCACAUCUUCCAGCUCGGAGUCUUCCUCAGGUUUGCAGCUAUAAUGGAGAUCUCAGUUAGCAGUUUUAAACAGAAUGACCUUUACCAAAAGGGGGUUGCGGUGUACCUCAAUCACGACCUCAGCAUGCUGCGCCUGUUCGAGGCGUUCUCCGAAAGCGCUCCACAGCUCGUCUUGAUGACGGCUCUCAUCAUGGAGACGCAGGAGAUGGAACCAUUUACAGUCGCUAAAAUCGUCGGCUCUCUGUCCUCCUUGUCCUUCACCGUGUUGUCCUACCAUCGCGACAUGCGUGCGUUCAUCCCCGAAAAGCUUAAAAUGGGAUGGUCUUCCUCGGCCAUCUACUUCCUGUGGAACCUGUUCCUGAUUGGUCCACGUGUGGUGUGUGUGUCCCUCUUCGCCUCCGUCCUGCCCUGCUACAUUGCAGCACACUUCCUGUCCCUGUGGACGUUGCUGGUCCUCUGGGCCUGGUGGCAGAACACAGACUUCAUGGACACUAAAGCUGGAGAAUGGCUGUACCGGGCCACCGUAGGCCUCAUCUGGUACUUCAGCUGGUUUAAUGUAACGAGCGGAAAUACGAAACUCAUAGGAAUCAUCUACCACGUGGUUAUGGGAGCGGACACCAUGCUGCUGUUAGGAUUAUGGUGGUGGAGGAGAUCUGUGGAAUCUGCUCAUCUUAGUCCAUUCCCUAUUAAUCCCUACAUACUUAUUGGUUUAUUAAUGAUAACGUAUGUUUUAGGAGUUCUACUGAAACUGGUUUAUUAUUGGAAAUUACAUCCUAAACACCCAAAGUUAACGAUGCAGCCCGAUGUGAAGCCGCAGACCCCGGUGAGGGCAGCAGCAGCGUUCUCCGAUAUUGUCGAUGGGCCUCCUAUGAUGAGGAUGAUGAUGCUGCAAUCUUUAGAUGUAACGGAAACUGAACCUGACCACAGCGUUACACCUCAAACUCCACUAAAAGGAGCCAAUAAAAGGAUGAAAUGCAUGGCUACGAAUUUCUACUGCUAAUUUGCAUUUUAGGAUUUGGAUGUUUUUGCACAUAAUGUAUAUAAGAUGUGAAUAUAUUGUAUGAUGGAGCAUGUACACAUUCUCAUCCUGCUUUUUAAAAUGUUUAUACUUUAUAAAGAAAUCAGAUUACU